AUGUCGACAACUACAUCUGACGCGAUGAUACAUAAAAACUUAUUAGACCAGGCAGAACAGCUUUACCCACAACUUCUUGAACGGAUAACAGAAACAAAAGUCCAACGGAAACUCCCAGAUGAUACAAUUCAAGCCUUGCAGCAAGCUGGCUUCUUUCGUGCUUUUCAACCAAAACACUGGGGAGGGUUAGAACUUGAACCAAUCGUAUUUUUUGAGAUAGCACGAACCAUUGCAUCGGCUUGUCCAGCAAGUGCUUGGGUUCUUGGUGUUGUCUCAAUUCAUAGUUGGCAGUUAGCUCUUUUUGAUUAUCAAGCUCAGGCCGAUGUUUGGUCGGAAGACUCUAGCACGUUAAUCUCGUCAUCGUAUAUGCCUGUUGGUAAAGUUACCCGUGUUCCAGAUGGUUUUAAACUCAGUGGAGAAUGGGGGUUUUCUAGUGGUGUUGAUCAUUGUGACUGGGUUUUUCUUGGUGCUUUUGUUCCUCAAGAAGAUGGCACUCCCUGGCAAAAAGAUCUGCGUACUUUUUUAGUCCCCAAAUGUGAGAUUGAAAUUAUUGAUGAUUGGUACGUCUCAGGUCUACAGGGUACAGGUAGUAAAUCUGUACGUGUUACUGACGUUUUUGUACCAGAGUAUCGCACACACAAAUUCAGUGAUGGCUUCAAACAAGAUAGCCCUGGUAAUAAAAAGCAUACGGCACCUUUAUUCAGGCUGCCUUUUGGCCAAAUGUUUGUCAGAACUGUUGCAUCUGGAGGCAUCGGUAUGUUAACUGGGGCUCUACGAGAGUUUAUCGCGUCACAAAAGGCACGUACCUCCCGUGCCGCAGGCGUCCGUGUUUCCCAAACACCUCAAGCUCAGCAUGCCGUGGCACAAGCUACGACCACCUUAAAAGAACUCAAAUUAGUUUUUUAUGAUCAACUUGAAGCAAUGAUGACCUAUGCCCGAAAUGGUGAUCAGGUUCCAUUAAUAGAACGUAUUCAAUGGCGUUAUGAAGCGUCCCUUGUUGGCCCAAAGUGUAUUCAAGCUAUUGAUGAUUUAUUCAAAGCAAGUGGUGGCAGCGCGAUUUACGAGACGAACCCGAUUCAACGUUUUUUUAAUGAUAUCCAUGCGGCAGAAGCACAUUAUGUUAAUAACCCUUAUAAACCAGGCUGUAAUUUAGGCGGUUUCUUAAUGGGAGCCGAAAAUACAGAUUUUUUUAUCUAA